AUGGACUCCACACAAGAAAUAAUAAGAGGAUAUCUCGAUGGAGGGAAGUAUCUAAAAUCAGUCGACUUAUCUGAUUCCGAGGACGAAUUAGAUAUUGAUUUGCUUGUGGAUCCUCUAGAUGAGGCUCCUGACUUUGAAAAUCAUCCGGUCAUCUUGCCUUCUCCUCAUACACCGUACAAAUCUCCACUAAAGGCACAUUUGGAAAAACUUCGAGGCAGUCCUGUAAAGACUACCAGAUCUCCACUUAAGGCCAGAGAAGAGAUUAUAGACCAAAGCUUCUUUUCAAAGUAUGACGAGGAUGAGUUGAUCGAUACUCAUAAGUACGUGAACAAAGUUCCGGACUACAUAUCCAGUUCCAAGGAAUUCGAAAAGUACUCCCUUCUACUAGCGUCUUCGACGGACAAGCUAAUGAAGCAAUUGUCGGUAGAGAGAAGGAAGAACAACGAAUUGGAGUCGAAGCUUGCGAACUACGAAAAUGAAAGAUUUCAAGCUCAGGUGACCAAAGGAGAUUACGAUCUAUUGAAGCAACAAUUUGCUGGUCUACAAGAGAAGAACGAUCAAAUGCUGCGCAAGUACCGUCAGCAUGAAGACGACAAUGACCGUCUAACAAGGGAGAAUCUGUUACUUCGCGAAAAACUCAUCAAAUACAAGAAAUUGUACGAAGAUUUGCGAGACACCCUGUCAGUUGAUAAACAUUCCCCAGGCCAGUUCGGAGCGGGAUCACUUAACAAACAUCCUUUUGGAUCGACCUCUCAGGAAACACUUCAUCCCAGAGCUUCGAAUGAUAUUAAGAUUGACAAAAGUCGACUUUCUCCAAAAAAUGAAAUCGAUCUUGUUGAUGUUCAGACUUCAUUACACCUGCUCGCACAGCUUCUCGCACAAGCUAGAAAAGAUUCUUCUGCGCAAAAUCAAGUUGAACCGCCGGCCGCAGCUCCAGCAGCUAUUGAAGAAAUGCCACCUUAUCAACAACAUCAAUACUAUCAGGCCCUCAAUGGAGUAGUUCAAAGCGUGGAGCGAAUUGAGGAAGAUUUAAAACAGAUCAACUCCACUUUAAGGCAAGAGCAUGCAUGGGUAUCAGAGAAUGAUAACAGAGUCGAUCAGGAUCGCGUUAGCAGUGAUGCAUACACCCUGCAACAAGACGUUGGCUCCAAAUAUAGACGAAAGAUCAGAGAACAUAACGAGAAUGAGUUCCAUGAAACCUCGGAUCUACCCAAUCCCAGCUUAGACAGCAGAUGUCAACGCCAUGGUCAGCCAACAUCGAGUUGUUCUGCCUGUGUCAAGGCAUUCAAUAAGGUCAGUCGCCCUACGUCACAUUCGACUACGAAGGACGAUUUGCAACCGGAGGGGAAUACACAGGCGCUCAUGGGGCGGUAUAUGUGGAACAAGACAAUUUGA